UCAUGCAGGAAUUCUCCUUUCUAUAUGUUUCUUUGCAUCAGCAGUUGAGGGGGCUGCAGAGAGGAAGGAAGGCUCCAUUGUACCAGUGGGAGCCUCCUGGGCUAGUGGACGAGCAGCCUCGCAGGACCCUAAAUAAAUAAAAUACUAAAUGAAUUAUGGCAACAUCAUUCACGUGUUCUUCUUGCAUUUCCUUAUAAGGAUCAAAUGUCUUAUGAGUAUUACUUAAAACAACCCAUGACUUCAUUUCAUUUCCAAUUUCAGAGGCAAUGGCAUUGACUACAUGGAGUUCCGCCUCUGGAUCGGCUUGCACUCUGCUCUCCAGUGCCUUAUCCUGGUGGCUACAGAUGCCAGCUUCAUUAUAAAAUACAUCACACGGUUCACUGAGGAAGGGUUCUCCACUCUCAUUAGCUUCAUCUUCAUCUACGACGCCAUCAAGAAGAUGAUUGGAGCCUUCAAGUACUACCCCAUCAAUGCAGGCUUCAAGCCAGACUACGUGACAAUGUAUAAGUGCGAGUGCAUUGCUCCAGACCCAGGUGAGUACAAGUCUUGCAUCCUCCUGAUGCAAUCCUGGUGUGCGUUCCUUGCUGCCAUUCAUUGUUUGAACCACAGUUCUGUGUUGAUACCCUGUGCCUGAAGGAAAUGAGACCUGCAAAAGGUUUCUGAUGUAUCCUUGCAAAGACUGGUUUGAGAUAGCAGAGGCAUCUCUGGCUGCCCCUCUUCAUUGGGGCUUGUUCUGCAUGAUGUUGUAAUGUGCUCAGGCCAGUGACCAGGAGCAUUGUGCAUAGAGGUGGCAUCAGGGUGCACCGUGUGGGAGGCAUCGUAUGUUGAGGCAAGCGGGUGAAAACUGGCAUGCAAGAAGUCUCCAUGUGUUCAAGUUAAAUCGGUGGUUGGUGUACUAAAUAAUUUCACCAGCAUUUUAACAAAAUGCUAUUUAAGAGCCAAUGACCCCGGGGUCUGUCAGUCAUAGUCAAGGCCAGCCCAAGUCAUUUUGCUGCCUGAGGCAGAGGCCAUGCACAGAAGCUGACUGGACUGGCAACUGAAUCUUACUUCAACAUUAUCAAUGUUUCUUCCAUGUGAGAUUUUAAAGCUGAUGGAUCACAAAGAGGCUUGCAUGCAUACUGAAAGAGCAAGGCACAUGCAUGGUAUAUGGUGUUGUAUAAGAAUUCAAAUUCCUGGGGUUUUUCCAGCUUUCUGGGUUUUUGUAAUGUAAGCUUGGAGUCCUUAUGGCUGUGAAGUUGAGCUUCAAAAUGUGUGAAGUUCCAGAAAGGGAAAGAGCAGUGACAUCCAGCAGAGUAGUUGCCCCUCAGUAAAAGUAUACCCCAGCAAAAGAUAUUACAAAAAAUAGGAAAAUAUCAGCAAAUUUGCCUAAUUCAUCUGAGAUGCAUAAGUUGUUGUUUCUUUGGUGCUGAAUUUGAGAUACCUUCACACAGAGUUGAGUCUGGAUUUAUUUGCACAUUCAGUUAGCAAGCUCUCUCUGAGAUACUCCCAAGGAGAAGAGCUCUUAUUUUUUAUAUAAGCAGAUUGAAACAAAACAAAAAUUGAGUUCAUGUUAUUGUAACCCAUCUCUGAUUUAUGUGGUAGAUGAAUUCAUGCGCUUCUUUAACACUGAUUACUUUUAUUUUAAACUGACAAACUUAACUAAUGACCAAAGAACUCCACUUCUACAAAUGAUGAAUAAAAGAUGAAAACCCAGUUACUUUCAUUUUGUAAUACUCAGUGAGAGUUACAGAAGAAGAAAUCCCCUUAGGUCCCACCCUGUGUCCACCCCAAACCAUUCCUCUUAAAAGAACACCACCAGUCUCUCAUUGGUUGGUCUUGGGGUUCUACUGAAAUGUAAAAAUUUGAUGUGGCACCCAUGAUCUAGAUAUAUCUCCACUUAUAAUAUUGACAUUUGAAAAGUUUUCCUGAACGUCUAUAAAGUAUUUGAUACUACAACUGCAAGAAGAGAGCAUCUUAGUUGCAGGACCAGGCGUCGGGCUCCCCAUACCCCAACCCAUGCAAAUAAGAGACCAAUAAGACUGGCUUUAGGUCAAAACAGGCCACAACCUUAUUGAAUACAGAUGAAAGAGGUUUGGCUUGGGCACGGGGCAAUCUAAAUACUUCUGGCCCACCUGCUGGAAGUGAUGUGUGGUCAAUCCAGGCGGGGGUUCCUAAGAUUUACAUCAAAUAGGGUGACCCCCGCAGGGACUGCCGUCUGGAGCUAGGACCCUGUCCUUGAUAGGUGGCAGGGGCUUAUGCCCCCACCGCCUAUCAGGAAGGGCACUGCAGGUUCCAGUUCCCUCGUUGGGGCCCCAGUGAAGCCUCCACUGUCCUGUAAUGCCACCACACCAAGAGGGGUGAGCGGACUUACAAGACAAUUUAAUAUCUCAUCAGGGGAAAAGAAACCAAAUUCUUUUUUUCCAGAGCCAUGAUGUACUCUUCUCUGACAGUGGCUGUAUUGUAGAAGGCUAUUUAUUUAUUUAUUUAUUUAUCUAUCUAUCUAUCUAUCUAUCUAGUCAGUCAGUUUGUUAACAAACCAUCAGCAUGAACUCCCAGGAUGCAGAUUUAAAAAACAGCAUGGAAAUUCUUCAGCAUUUUAGUGUAACUUUUCUCCUAAUAAACACACUUUUGUCUGCACUUUUGACUAACAAACACAUUUUUUGCAAACAGCUUCUCCUGAUAAAAUGCACUUUUGUAAUUCUCACUAAUAUAUUCAUUUUUAUCCACAUAUCCCCCCGUUAUGUGCAUUUUUGUAAACACUGUCUAGUUGGAGACCUGUCUUGCAAAAUUCAUGUAAGUGUGAAUUUUGACGGACAGCUAUGUUUCAGUUCUCAUAUUGUUUUGGAAAGUGCAAAUUUGAUAGAUUCAGCUGAACUGAGUUUUUCCCUCAUCCCCACUCCUGGGGGGCACCUGCCCAUUUGAGCCACACCAAAACUUGCCAUUUCUCAAGUAUAUAUUUGCUCAAAAAGUGCAAAACUUACCUUCAUUAUAUUGAAGGGCAACAGAGUUCUCUGCAUAAUAAUAAAUCAGCAGAAAACGUUAACUCUCAGAAGAAGUGGUAUUUGGAACAAAAUAUAUGGAAAUUCUGCAGUUAAAAAAAAAACUGUUGAAGUUAUUGCUUCCUCAUAUAUUCUCUAGCUCCAACUUGGACUUCUCGGUUACUUGUCUCCAUCCUGAGCUGCAGGAAGAGACAUUCAUUGGGGGGCGGGGGUGUCAGGUCACACCCUCCUCUCUACAUUAUUUUCAUGCCAUGAAUUUGCAGUUAGUUACUCCUAUUCUGUUGGGGUCACUCUUCCGCUGCUGGUUUAUCUCCUUUCCUUCACCCCGACUGAAGGACACAUGACCUCCCCAUUCCCUAGCCUGAUAGUGUUCGUUGCUGUUCUAAAUUCUCUAUAGAAUGUGUUCAGAUAUUAUGGACACUUAACUGAGCCAUCAUAGGUUAUGGGCCACUCAGCUACCCCCACCAUCUGUGUUAUUUUUUUGAACUUUAGAUACAAACUUUACUUUGUUGUUGGAACUGUUUGUGGUGGCUCUUGGGUGGCUGUGAAAUCUAUCGAUAUUACCCCAGGGUUCAGUAAAACUGCAAUCCAAUACACACUUACUUGGGAGGAAGGAAGGAAGGCUUGUUGAAUUCAGUGUGACUUGAUUCUGACUGAGUAACCGUACCUAUGAUUGCUCUCUAAAUCAGGAAGACUGGGAGCUACUGGCAGAUCUCUUGGUGAUCUGCCAUAGAUGAGAAAAGGAUUUCUGACUGUCAGUUGUCUAUAGCAAUUAUUUAAAAGCUUUCCCACUUUAGAUUGCUGAAAAAUACUGCGUGUGGGGGAAACCAGGCAUGGAUUUUUGCACUGAAGGACUUGUGAGCUUGGUUCUGCUACUCAUCAAAAAUCCUUGGGCUGAGCAUGUUCUCAGAGGAUCCCUAUCCCUUAGCACUUAGCAUAAUUCUGCUCUGCUGAGAUUAUCAUCUUAAAGCGACUCACCUGGAUUCUUAAGGGUGAAGGGGGACCUCCAGGUAUCUGGGUCGCAGGGUGCUUAGGGCUUUACAGGUCAAUGGUUGCACCUUAAAUUGAACCCAGGAACAAGUGGUCAACCAGUGUUAACUGCUGUAGGGUAGGUGUACUGUGAGCUUGACAUUGUCCUACUAGUACUCUAGUGACUGCUUUUUGCAGCUAUUGAAGUUUCCCAACUGUCACCCUUUCAGGGUAGCCCCACACAGAGAGCAAUACAGUCUGGAUGUCACCAGCACAGGAGCUUAGAUCCAUUACUCUGAGCAGGACCUGUGGCUGGUGAAUCAACGGCAGCUGAUCAAAGCUGCUCCUGGCAGUCAACAUCUCCUGAGCAUCUAAGGAGAGAGCCUUAUGCUCAAGGUUCAUUCUGGCCACUAGAAGUAUUACUGAUCCUAAGCCCCAUACACAGAAGCAACCUCAACUACUUCCUCUGUGUAUCACUAAGCCAGCCUUCCUUACCCUGGUGGCCUCCAGAUGAUUUGGAUUACAACUCCCCUUAGCAGGGAUGUCAACAUGAAUAAAAUGGGGGGGGCAAGGAAGCCCCAUCCUGCAUAAUCAGUCACAUAAAGUGGUGCACACAUACCAUUUGAAUGGCAAUGUCCAUCAACUGGGGAGGGGGGGGCUCAGAUAUUUUAUGGCAGCAAAGGGACCUCAGCCCCUAGGAGUUGACUCCUGUGCCCCUUAGCUCCAACCAGGACAGCCAUUGGAUGCUGAGGCUGAUACAGUUCAAAGCAUCUGGAGGGCACUGGGGGCACUGGGGAAGGUUGCAUUAACAGUGCACAAAGCACUUUAUUAUUCAUUCUUAUUGCAAUUUCCCCUUACUGCAACCAACUGAGAGCUUGUCUGAGGUUCCCUAGUCAGCUUCAUGACUAAGAUUUGGACCUGCUUCUCCCACAAACAAACCCAAAGCUACACUGGCCAGUCUCAUUUCCAUGCCUGACUGAAGGUGAAGGUAAAAUUCCCACUUUACUACCAAGGUCUCCAGUAAGUUCAGUGUUUCCUUAGGAGAGGGGCUUCUGAUGUGGGCAGAGACUGCUCUGACCUGAGCCCAGGGACUUCCCCAAACAUUUCCAUUGGGGGAAGCAGCUCUUAAUGGGUAUUCCUCUGUGUGCGCACUGUUGCUUUUUCCAUUGAGGUGAGUUGGGCAGUCCACAUCCACGAGAGGUUUGUGUGUGCACCAGAGCAGAGCUAAGCUUUUUUCUGAGCCAAAGCAACCUGAUGCAGACUGCAUUACCAGGUACCAAAUAGAACCAUGCAGUUGGAAGGGACUCCAAGGGCCAAUUACUCCAACCCCCUGCAAUGUAGGAAUCACACCAAAGCAUCCAUGACAGAUGGCCACCCAACCCCUACUUAAAAACCUCCAAGGAAGGAGAGUCCACAGCCUCCCGAGGGAGACCAUUCCACUGUCAAACAACUCUUGCUGUCAGAAAGUUUUUCCGAAUGUUUAGUUGGAAUCUCCUUUCUUGUAACUUGAAGCCACUGGAUCAAUUCCUACCCUCCAUAGCAGGAGAAAGCAAGCAUGCUCCCUCCUCCAUGUGACAGCCCUUAAGAUAUUUGAAGAUGGCUAUCAUAUCUCCUCUCAGUCGCCUCUUUUCUAGGCUAAACACACCCAGCUCCUUCAAAAGGUCCUCGUAAGGCUUAGUUUCCAGACUCCUCUGCACAUGUUCUAGCUUGUCAACAUCCUUCUUAAAUUGUAGUGCCCAGAAUUGGACACAGGAUGAUGUUUGCAGAUAACUGGGUAAUAAUGUUAUCUGCAAACAUAACAAUAACAACAACGGGGUGAUGUUUGCAGAUAACUGGGUAGUACUGUUAUCCGUAAACAUAACAACAACAGCAACAACAACAGAGUAGCUGUGGGAAGCCCAGAUCCAUUUCCAGUCAUUCAGAAACCAUGGAUGGGAUUCAGUUCUGUGUUAGCUUGUGGGCAAACCAGAAAUGGAUGCUGAACCGUGUUGAGACCAGCUUUUUGGUCCCUGACAUUGUCUUGUCUGCACCGUAGGAUAAUUUGGUACAUUCUCUUUUUAGCAUUUUGCAUGUUGUUGAUGGUCCUUCCACAGAUCAGCUUAAUUUUGUUAUUUUAUGUUUUUACAUAAAUGGUAUCAGAAUUAAACAUCUCUCUCCUCUUUAUACUGAGAGUGCUUGCUAUAAUCGCCCUCUGGUGCUUUUUUUUUUUUGUUUUCUCUUUUCAUUAGUUAUGAUUUUUUAUUACUGUAACUGAUUUGUACCAUAUUUGUCUCUGCUGCACACAUCUAUUUGGCUGCUUUCAAUCUCAAGUGAGUAUCAUUUUAUAAAUAUUAAAAUUAUUUAAUAUUUGAUACUCGUUCCUUUUUUGUUUUUAAUUAUUACUUUCAUCACUAGUUCUGAAUAUACACAGCUUACAUAAAGCCUUCUCAUCCAAACCAUUUAAAUAAGAAUUAGAAUAAUACAGCCAAUGCUACAGAAUUCUUUUAAGUUGGGUAAUGAAACAAUCACUUUUUAAGCUACUGGAAAUCACAAAAUAUGUCUGGUCCUGGAAAAAACUGACAGUUGUGGAGAGAAACUUUGUUGUAACCCCAUAAAGGAAUCUGGAAUGAAUAACAGUGAUUUUCUCUGUUCUCUGCUUGGUCUUAUUUUGCUUUUCUUCAGCAGUGGAGUGUUAUGACCCAAUAGAACCAAAAACUCUGAUUCUAACCCAGCAAUCACUUCUCCUUCAUUAACUCCUUUAAUGUUGUCCUCCACUGGGAAGAUUCAUUAUCGCUGAGAUAAUGCAGUACCACAGCUUGGCUUAGUGACCCAGUGAUCAAAACCAAACACACAUUUCUGCACAAAAUUGCUCAUGUUGGGGCUCGUUCAGGCUGAUAAGAGCCUUAUUUUCAGCCACAUGUUUUCCUUUCCCCCACUAUUAUCAUUCUGGAAUCCUGAGCAGAGAUGAAUCCCCAAAGCAAGGAGGCUUUCCAAGAAGAGAUCCUGGCUGCUUGAGGUCUGAUCUCUAUAAGCUCAGUGGGGGUGAGAGAGUCCAAUGAAGGAGACGUAGGUGAGUCAACCUGCUGCCUUUAUUGGCCACGCAGCUCCUUCAAGCCACCCGUUUACCUGACCAAGCUGAAGCAGAUACACCACAUCUGUAAAUCUGUAAGGAUGAUGCUGACUUGUUCUGGACUUCGCUACUAUUUGCAAAAGCACAUCUUUAGAGAUCCCUUAGUAUGAAAUUCUGGAGUAGUAUUAUAAGGAUUGUUUUGGUUUCAGUGCUGCUUAUUUGGAAUUUCUCUUCAUAUUUUCCCUGAAAGGUGGCCUGCUUUUUCUCUGUUUUCUUCUGGAAAAGGUGGGUGGGAAAGGAUCCAGAGAAUCCUCUUUCUUGCAGUGAGAAUCCAGGAUGGCAGAUGAAGAACGCUUCCUGAAGAAGCUGCUACCCACUGACCACAAAUUUUGGAGGGUGGGUGGGUGUUUUCUAUUUGUAUUUGCCACAGUGGUGGCCUUCAGUAGGGAUUGAGGGAUCUGUUAAAUUCAGUUUCUCCUGCUUUCCAGUCUUAACUUCAGUUCCUAUUUCUGCAUCAUUUUACAAUAAAAAACUACAGAGGAAAAUUAUAUGCAUUUUCAUGCACUUUUCUCCUAAACAUAGACAUUUUUGUACACAAUUUUGCCCAAUUUUUCUUUUUCUUUUUCUUUUGUUCCUUUCACUAAUGUGUACAUGCACCUUCUGUUAACAUAAGCUUUUUAUGCCCCCCCUUUUUUUUGCAAGCUGCAUUCCAAAAUUUGCAUUGUGAACUGUUUCAGUUCGCAAGCUAGUUUGGGGAGUGUGAGUUAGGUGAGUUUGCGUCAGAAUGUAAACGAAAACAAAUUUCUACUCCAUCUCUUGUCUUGGGACAAUAAUUGCAGAAUAUAAAAGGUUUGUACCAAAGAACGCAACCUAGCAAAGUACAAAAGUCAUAUUUAUGUGGGGGUUUUUUUAAUUUUAAAAAAAAGUUGUAAGUCUUGAUUAUGAGCAAGUCAUCUGGUCAGUUCUUCCUGCCACUUUCUCCCUUCUCAUAACAGGUGAGUAUCUUGUCUGUUUUGAACUGCAACUUCUCAAAAUGUGAUUGUGUGUGUUCUAAUGGGCUAGGCUUCAAAUAGUUUGCCAACAUGCGUGGCACCCCACACCUCGACUUAGUAGCUUACUGGGAAAUCAAGACUGGCCCAAGAUUAUCCAGUGAUCAUCUUGGUUGAGUUGGGAUUUGAACUAAACAGUCUGGUUCCCUCCAGAUGUUUUAGGCUAUAAUUCCCAGCAGCUGCAGCUGGCAUGGCACCAGGUAGAUGAAGGCUCAGCAAUAUCACCAUCACAUUACACUGGCUCUCUGUGGUAAAUGGCUCUUUAUUUUUGAGAUAGUUGCGUUUUUGUAGCCAGCCUUGCUUGACAGCCAGGAUGUCUGGAAACAAAUAUGGGAUCAAAUAAGGAUCAGUCACUGCCUCUUCCAAGAUGGAGAGUUUUCCGUGCAGUUGUAGAUCCUAUCCUCCGGGUUGAUCUGAAUUGGACCAUUACAUCUCAGCCAUGCAGUCUCUUGAGCAGCCUUCAUACCCUGUAGCUAUUAUAUAAGGUCAACUGUUUCAAUAUGCGCCAAAAGACACCUUGGGUAUCUGGGAGGCAUCUAAUUUGGCUUUUUGAAGUCACCCCGAAGCCAAAUUGGAAGGCCACACAUUAUGUUAAUCAGGGAGAAGUUUCUGCUGGAGUUAGAACCAGGGCAUUUGUCCUCGAACUUGCCAAACCUCAUUCAGGCAGAAAGGCAUUUCCUUGUUAACCCACCAACAAGAAUCUGUAAUUGCAUCCCCAAAUUUGGUCAGAGUUUUGUCAAUGUUUCAAGCUUCAUGCCUCAUCAUGCAACUGACUGGAGAUUCUGGAUCCCACCCUGGAAUUUGUAACUGAAUACGGAUUGUGCUUCUGCUUUGCCUAUAAAAUAGUGAUUAUUCGAAACAGUUCAAGCCAGUGGAGAGAACAGUGGCUUGUUAAGCAAGAUUUCAUAUCUGGAGUGAGACUUUUUCUUUAAUAUAUAUAUUUUUAAAAUCUUAACUAACUCCUUUUCUGCAGUGAAUACAACAUUGUUCAAUGCUUCAGUUCCACUGGCCCCAAACAACACUAACAUUUCUGUGGUAAGUAGCUGGGAUCUAUUUUCUACUCUGCCUCCCCUCCCAACUGCUGCUUGCAUAUUUGUUUACAUGUUUUACCUAGCUCCAUAGAGUAGGCAAAAUUAGAUAAAGCCAGUGUAAUCAGGGCUACUUCCAUGAAGAUAGAAGAUAGCUUGCAUUUAUAAAACUUUAUUUUCUGACAUCUCAACAAUAACCAGGCCAAGUUCAGCGUGUUUCUGUUGACAUUCAAGUCUUGCAUUGAACUGCUCAGGCACUAAGAUCAGAGGAGCAGGCUCUCCGGUGGUCUCUGUGUCAAAGGAGGUGCUCUAGUGCGGGGUGGAGCAGAAGAGCCUUUUCCGUGGUGGCUCUGUGCCCAUUGAAUGGCCUCCCUCUCAUGUUUAUAUUCUGCCAUGGAUGCUUUAGCUGAGAUUGCAGGGGGUUGGACUAGAUGACCCUUCAGGUCCCUUCCAACUUUACGAUACUAUGAUUCUAUAAUUCUUCUGAAGGCCAAGUGAAGACAUACCUUUUUUAGUCAGGCUUUCAGAGGCUGAUGGUUUGUCAUUUGAAUGAUGAUGCUAAUUACAUUUUAAUUAAUUUAUGAGAACCAUGUUAAUGUUUUGCUUAUUGUCUUUAAAAAAAAAUCUUAUUUAUGGCCCCUGCAGCCAUUUUUGGUGAAGGGCAGUAAAGAAAUCUAUUAAGAAGUAAACGAAUAAAAGAAGGGAGAAUUCAGCCAUUUCUUUUUCACUUUCUGACCAGUGUUUUCAAAGGACAAGCAAGACAUUGGGAACAGCCCCUGACACAGCAAAACAAACAUGCAUAUUCUAUAUCAGAUUAAAUGCUCCCUAUAUCAGGGUGAGGGAUGUGAGUGGCGCUGUGGUCUAAACCACUGAGCCUCUUGGGUUUGCCGAUCAGAAGGUCAGCAGUUCGAAUCCCUGCGACGGGGUGAGCUCCCGUUGUUCUAUCCCGGCUCCUGCCAACCUAGCAUUUUGAAAGCACAUCAAAGUGCAAGUAGAUAAAUAGGGAAGGGUAAGGUAAACGGUGUUUCUGUGCGCUGCUCUGAUUUUGGCGUUCCGUUGCGCCAGAAGCGGCUUAGUCAUGCUGGCCACAUGACCAGGAAAAACUGUCUGUGGACAAACACCAGCUCCUUCGGCCUGUAAAGCGAGAUGAGCUCCGCAACCCCAGAGUCGUUCGUGACUGGACUUAACUGUCAGGGGUCCUUUACCUUUACCUUUUUUAUAUCAAGGUGAAUCUACAAAGCAUGUAGAUUAGGCUGAGGAAAAAAGAUUUGAUUAAGUCCCCACUCCCCAGAUGUUUUAGACUACAAUGCUCAUCAGCCCCAGCUAGGAUGGCAAAAUUAAAAUUUCCUACCAACUACAAACACAUCAGGUAGCCAGAGGCAAGCACAGGAGCAAACUCCCUUGAGCACACCUGAGAAGUUGUUUAAAUCAUAGAACUGUGCUGUGAAUCAACCAACAUUUCCAGGUACCUAGUUGAACAGCGAUGACUGCUGCCACCUAGUGGGUAUUUUGCAUUGCUAGAGUGGAUUCUUCACUCUUUAUCUGCCUUCGAACCCUGCAGCUGCUUUUUUCCAUGGGAUUUGGUAGUGUUAUUUCAUUGAUUACAAAUGGCAAAGGAGUGGAGUAUGAUUGCUCAUAUAAAACAGAGCAAUCCAAAAUGUUUUUAGAUAGGUUAAACUUGUUGAAGAGGGUGUGAAUGUUAAUUGUGAUAAUCUUCAAAAUAACUUUUCUUCAAUUUUCAAGACUUUAUUAUGAAGUUAAAAUAAUCCAGUAAGAAAUGUAAAAUAAAAUAAAUAAGAAUUUCAACACUGUACAAAGCAAAACAAAAGUUUCAAAAGAACUUUGUGCAACCUUGAAAAACUGCAUUACCAGUCGAUUCUGCUACUACUAAUAUUUCAUUUUCUAGUAUAUACUUUACACUUCCCUCUGAUGCUUUUCAGACAGGACAGUGAUUAGGAACAUUGUUAAUCUUCUGAAUUCAAGAAAUUUGUGCCUUUUAAGACCAACAGCAUUUUACUUGACAAUGAAAACAAAUUAUUGUUUAGCAUCCUAAAAAUACUGUGGUUUGUUUUCUUCCCUCUUUCAAGUACAAUCCUAUUAAUGUAACAGCUCUGGACUGGACCCAGCUGAGCAAAAAGGAAUGUCUGAAAUAUGGAGGAAGUCUGGUGGGGAAGUCCUGCAAAUUCGUCCCUGACCUGGCCCUCAUGUCUUUCAUUCUCUUCUUUGGGACUUAUUCCAUGACUUUGACUCUGAAAAAAUUCAAGUUCAGUCGCUACUUUCCUACAAAGGUAAGUAAAACCACAAAUCCUCUCAAGUAGCCUUCCCCAACCUGGUGCCCUCCAGUGUAUUGGACUACAACUUCCAUCAGCCCCAGCUAGCACUGAUAAGAUGGCUGGAAGCUGAUGGGAAUAGUAAUCCAAAACAUCUGGAGGGCAACAAGUUGGUGAAGACAGCUCUAUACUCCAAAAGCAAAACUUUUCAAUCACAAAAUACAAGUUGAUCCGCUGGAAGUACUAUCAGAAAAGUGACAUGCAUCCAAGCCUGAAUCCAGCAGUGAGCUCUGCAAGGGGGCACAGACGGGGGGGGGGGCAAUUGAUCAUAGAAAUGUAGAGUUGGAAGGGAUCCCGAGGGUCUAGUGCAGGAAUCCUUUUGCCCAACAUGGGGCUCAAACCCAUGACCCAGAGAUUAAGAGUCUCGUUAGGAAGAAAACAUUUUGGGUCCCCCAAAGAUCUAUAGGCUACAUGUUAAUCAGUUCUAUCCAACACUCCCCCCAACUAGAUCAAGGUGGGUACAAUUGUAUUUUUAUUUUUAUUUUUAUUUUUAUUUGCCUGCCCUUGACCCUAAGCAGGGUUACAGUUUAAAACAGUUGCACAAAUUUAGUAAGAAAAAGCACUUCCAACUCUAAGAGAAGGCACAUUUAUACAGAAAAAAGGCAAUGAUUUCUUCUGAGCCAAUGGGGUGUGAAACUGAAAUAAAAUGAGGUGUGAACCAGUUGCUUUAACCAGCCUGAGCUUGAAACCUCUGUGUGUCUGCUCAUCUAGCUCUCAGAAGCUGCAAACCUGCAGAUGGCUCCCCUUCCUGCUUACCUGCGUGGCAGCAAAAAUGAUGCCAAGGGUCCCUCUGUGUCAUCACCCCACUUCAUUUGCCUUUUCCUUCCAAACCCUGUCUCCUCUUUUUUUAGGUCAGGGCCCUGAUUGCUGAUUUUUCCAUUGUCUUCUCCAUCCUGUUCUUCUGUGGAAUAGAUGCCUGUCUGGGACUGGAUACUCCCAAAUUGCAUGUGCCCAGUAUAAUUAAGGUUAGGAUUCCCUUGUGGGUUUUGAUGUGCUCUUAUCUCCUAAUGCUCCACCCCUUUGCUUGCUUGCUUCCAAAAACUUCUCUGUGUAGCCUCAAGGUUUCGUUACUGCUUUGUGGUUGGCCGGCCCAGUUACUUGAACAACAAUCAACGGUCAAAGUGAACUGGUAUAUCUCAGGAAUGGGGUAACCUCAAGCCAGAGGCAGAUUAAGGGCAACGCGACCAGUUCCACACACAUGGCACCAAGCCAAGAGGGACACCACUGGGCGCCACAACCAUGAUGAUAGUGCACAUGCAGAACAGAAGGCAAGAGGGCAGCGGUGUCAGAUUUAAAAGAUCAAGGACUGAGAGUUGCAUGUAGGAUUUUCAGUGUCUCAGAGAAUGCUGAACUCGGAGCCUGCAAAGCAAGUUGUGCUUGAAAGGGAUGGGGGAGGGCAGAAUGAUCUGGACCCCAGUAUGCUGAAAAAUGUAUUGUAACGAAUAUCCAUAAAUGAUGGUUCUCUCUCCCUUCAAAGUAGAAUAAGAAUUUUUUUGUUUGUUUUAAAACAAUUUCUUAACUGAAAUCUUUUCUUUCUCUCUUAUUGAAUGUUCUAACAUGGCCACUUUCUGCUUUCUUUCUGGUAUGUGUUCUCUCCCUUUGCUCCUUUUCUAGCUCCGAAAGCUUAUUAGUGAUUUCUCUAUCUUCAUGUCCAUACUAAUGUUUGUUGGUCUUGAUUGUCUUUUUGGACUGAAUACUCCAAAACUACAAGUGCCUACAGAUUUUAAGGUAAAAUCAAUGAAUGAGACCAUCAUAGAGGUAGAUCGGAUCAAAACGCCAACUUGCCCCAACUAGAACUGGAUGAAUUAGUCAAUUUUGUUUCUUUGUGGUUCCAUUUUUCUAAUGUUGAAUUUAGUUCUUCACAUUUCCACAUCAAUUUCCAUUUUUGAAGAAGUCCUCAUUAAAAAUUGUCUGCAUUCCUAUUUCAUUUCAUACACACAUUUUAAUGCAAUCUUGCCCAGUAUACACAUUCCCCUAGCAUAAUACAUACCUUUAUUCUGUUUUCUCGGCUACCUGCCUUUCUGUCCACACUUUCCCCUAAUAUGUAUAUUUCUGUGCAUGUUAUUUGGUUGGAGAACUGCACGGGUGAAUUCAGAAAAAGAAGAAUUUCCAGGGGUAGCUGUGUUUUUGGUUCACUUAAUUUGUGCAAAUCAAGUAUUUUCUUGCCCACGCCCAUAGCCCCGGUGCCUCCACCUUACCCCUGAUAAAUUUGCUCUGAAGUAAUCUAUUCAUUUCAGCCUUUCUUAUUGUUUGUUUCAAUAUGUCUUAAGAUACUGUAUAGGCCUGCAUGGGCCAUCUAACAGCCCCUCCAUCCCACCACCAUAUCAUGUGUACUGCUCUUGGGCUCCCAGGCUGUAUGGCUUCCCCUGUCCAGCUUCAUUUCUGCUUUCCAUUUGAGCACUUUUGAUGCUGAAAUCCGAAGUGAGAGAGAAAUCGCCCUCCCACACAAGGCAGACCUGUGCUGUGAGGCAGCAUACAAGAAGUGUAGGGCUCCUGGCGCCAGUCUUGUGUGCCAUACUCAUAAUGUAAUAGGUAACCUUCUACCCUUGAACUGCAUUUACAGCCCACUCGCUUAGACCGUGGAUGGUUUGUGUUCCCAUUUGGCAAGAAUCCCUGGUGGAUCUACUUGGCCAGCGCGCUCCCCGCUCUCUUGGUCACCAUCCUGAUCUUCAUGGACCAGCAAAUUACAGCCGUCAUAGUGAACAGGAAGGAGCACAAGCUCCGGGUAUGCUUCCCUUUCCCUGCCUUGCAACUUGGGUGUUCACCAAUACUGAACCCACUGAGAGAGAGAAAACUGUCUGCUGUGAAACCUGGAAGAAGGCGUUGAUGAUGGAGCCCUGGUGGGCAUGGAGUUCAAAGGCCCACUCAUUUGGAAAAGGAAAGGGAUAGGAUCAGUAUACAAGGCCAGGAACAUAGAACUUUGCCUUAUCCAAAGUCAGACCAUUUCUCCAUCUGGCUCAGUGUUGUCUAUACCAGUGGCUCUCAAAUAUUGGGGGGCCACUCCCCCCUUGGUUCCAUAAACUCAUCUCCACUCCCUCCUUCCCUAUAAAAAGCAUUAUUCAGAACAGCAGUUUGCACAACCGACUAAGAAAGAUAAUAAAAUUCAUAGAUUCAAAGAACUGUAGAGCUGGAAGGGACCCAAAGGGUCAUCUUGUCCAACCCCCUGCAAUGCAGGAUUCUUUUGCCCAAUGUGAGCCUUGAACCUCUGGCCCUGGGAUUAAGAGUCUCACUAUCCCAGGAAUCUUUGUGGAGUCUAGAAGUAGAAGUUGUCAGUGUGGUGUUAAGAGUGCCAGACCAGGGUUUGAAUUCCCACUCGGCCGUCCUAUAAAUCACUGGGUAACCUUCGAGGCCAGUCACUGCCUCUCAGCCUAACCUACCUCACAGGGUUGUCAGGGGGACUAAAUGGGCGGGGGGGGGGGGAACCUGUUGGAGAUACAUUCCCCAUGUCUGCAGUCAUGGGAUUGUUGUCUAUCACAUGACGGUGUAUGUUUUCAUUCCACAGUGUGGGAAGUGACAGAGGCAGGAUGUUUUGGUAUCACUGUGUUUCAUGAAGUGGGACUAUUGUCCUUUGUUCUUUCUCUCUUUGCUGUCUGAUGAGAAAGAGGAAGGAGCUAAAGCAGAAUGCUCCAAGUGUAUUAUAUGUAAAUAAAGUAGAUUAGCCAAAAUGCUGUGCUAUUGGUUCUGUUACACAAACUGUGAAUACUCUGUGGAUCCCUAAGUGUGCUAGUGCCUUUUGGCAUCAGUCGCUGUGAUGUUCAGGUUGGAAGAAGCUUUUGAAGCUCCCAAAUGAUCGACCAGGAGAGAGAGAACAUGCCAGUUGGGCAUGUGUCUCUGCCAGGGUCCUACACGUGAGUAGGACGCUCCUAACAAAACCAUGUGUACCACCUUGAGCUCAUUGGAGAUAAGGUGAGAUAUAAAUGCAAUGAAUAAUCUUCCAUUACAAUUAAUUGUGAAGUUAUGCAAAAUCCAAUUAAAACUAUGCAACAACAUUGAUGGAUUGAUCCAGUGAUUCCAAUUUUUAAAAGUCUGAUAGUCAUUAGACCUCCAGCACCCCUUGGCUCUUAACGCCCCUCUCAGUAAUCCCAUUGGCCCCAGAGAAACUUUUCCCCUUCUAUUAAUCUCUUUGAUCAUUUAUCCACAAGUUUGCAUAAAGAUUCCAUGCUCCCCAGGUUUGACACAGGAACAACAACAACAACCUGACAGAAAACUGGGUGUGAGCAAAAGGAUGUGUAUGGAAUGUUGCUAAGAUUUAUAUAGCAUAGAAUUCAACUUUAAUCUGAAAGUUAAUCUGAAAAUAUAAACAUACAUUUAAAAAAUGAAUGAAAUUUCUAAAAUACAACCCAUGAUGAAUACUUGUGGGUGGGUGACAAUUGAUAUUCAGAACCCUGGAGAAUACCCUCGAAAUAUACAUGAUUGGGCAAUAGAAAAAUUCCUGUUCUCUAUCAAUCCAUUCAUCUCCAGGCUUCCUAUGCAUGCAGAAUUAUUUGGUGGAACAAUUGGUCAGCUCACCGUAUCUGUUUAGAUCAGUCAAAUGUUUACUUCUGGCAACACCUCUGUAAUUUCUUUAUUUAUUGGCUGCUGAGGAAGACCCCUUGUGGGUUGAAGUGCCCGUGGCCAGCAGCAUUCAUUUUAUUCUUGCUGUGUUUAUAAUUAUUAGGGACACGGGUGGCGCUGUGGUCUAAACUACUGAGCCUCUUGGACUUGCCAAUCAGGUCGGUGGUUCAAAUCCCUGUGAUGGAGUGAGCUCCCGUUGUUCUAUCCCAGCUUCUGCCAACCUAGCAGUUCAAAAGCAUGCCAGUGCAAGUAGAUAUUGCUGUGGUGGAAAGGUAAAUGGCGUUUCCAUGCGCUCUGGUUUCCAUCAUGGUGUUCAGUUGCGCCAGAAGUGGUUUAGUCUUGCAGGCCACAUGACCCGGAAAACUGUCUGUGGACAAACGCCAACUCCCUUGGCCUGAAAGCGAGAUGAGCGCUGCAACCCCAUAGUCGCCUUUGACUGAACUUAACUGUCCAAGGGUCCUUUAGCUUUAUGUUUUACCUUAUAAUUAUUGCAUUUUAGAAAUUUCAUUCAUUGUUUAUGUAUCUUUAAAUUUUGGGGAAGAUUAAACUUGAAUUCUGUUUUAUAUAAAUUUUAAUAGCAAUCCAUAAAUUUUCUUUUGCUCCAGCCCAAUUUUGUGGCAUAGUUGACCCUUUAGAGGUUGGGUCUGGCAUUCCCUUUUGUGUGUCCUGUGUAUUGUUCUCAGCUUUACCUGGAGAUGCUGGAGAUUAAACCUUCUGUAUUCAAAACAGAUUCUCUGCCCCUUUGAAGCAGACAGGAGUUAUCACAGCUCUUUUUUCCACCGGCCCAUUGUUAUACCUGACCAUACUUCUGGCUGUGCCUUAAUCUUCGAUUUCUCUAGUUUUUCAAACAGAUAAGUUGUUACUAAUGCUUAGCCUUAGGGUCCCAGCAUCCCCCACAAAUCCUAGUUUUAAUGUGUUGGGUAUAUUGAGAGCUUAUUUGGCUAAAGGGGUAGAAUCCAUUUCCUUCUAUGAAAACAGUGUGUCCUUUUGUUUCAGAAAGCUGCAGGCUAUCAUCUGGACCUCUUUUGGGUGGGCAUCCUUAUGGCAGUCUGCUCAUUCAUGGGGCUACCAUGGUAUGUAGCCGCCACAGUCAUUUCCAUCGCACAUAUUGACAGCUUAAAGAUGGAGACAGAGACCAGUGCACCAGGAGAGCAGCCUCAGUUCCUGGGAGUGAGGUGAGGGUUCCUUGAACUCACCUGUAAAGGGCAGUUGUGAAUAGAAGCUCAAUGUAACAGUGCUCUACAUUAGUUCCUCCUUGACCAUGAGGGUUUUGGGGGGCAUAUUAUUAUAGCAGGCCUGUUACACAUCUUGCAGUUCACCAGACUGUGUUUCUGGCUGCCUCCUGUUCACCUUGCUUAGAUCUUAGUUCAGUGGUCCUGUUAUGCAGUGGUCCACUAAAACUGGCCUGCCAUCAGCAUAAUGUAAUCAGAAUCCUAUGCAGUUCUGCCAUUCGAGUCAACAGUACAACAAUGUUUGUUUGUUUGUUUGUUUGUUUGUUUGUUUGUUACUAAAUUUGUAGAUCAUUUCUCAGCCAUACACCAACAGACACUCUUAACAGUACUUAUGCUAGGCAUGGGAGGAAACAAUCCAUGCACAGUAAUGACCUCUAGUAGAGCAUCGCAAUAAUUUUAGGCUGUAUCCUGUGCACGCUUACCUGGAGGUAAGCUCCACUGAAUGCUGUCCAAAUCAACAUUCAUGGGGCUGUGCUGUAGAUUAUGGUGAACCACAAACAGAGAAUGUGGUAACAGUUGAAUCCACAAUUUUACUGCUUCUGUUCUUUUUCAGGGAGCAGAGAAUCACGGGAAUCAUUGUCUUUGUUCUGACUGGGAUAUCUGUCUUCCUGGCUCCUAUUCUAAAGGUAACACAUUCCAGAGAUUUUUGUCAUCAUCUUCAGCAUAGGUUUAGCAUGUGGUUUCUUAUUUUUAUCCAAAGCUUUGGUCCAAUCUCAACAUCUACAUCAGAUUAAUUUCAGUUCAGCCCUAUAUAUAUUUACUCAGAUAUAAAUCCUGCCGUGUUCAAAAGAUCUUACUCACAAGUGAGCAUUCAUAUUGUUUCAGCCUUCAUUUUAAAGGCAGAUUAAUCAAGGGAACAUGCCUUAGCAGCCCUUGCAAAAGCAUUUGUGGAAAUGUCUGAUAAAGAGGAGGCCUCACCUGCCUUCUCUCUCUCUCUCUCUCUCUCUCUCUCUCUCUCUCUCUCUCCAUAGUACAUCCCAAUGCCUGUGCUGUAUGGAGUCUUCCUCUACAUGGGAGUGGCCUCGCUUAAUGGCAUCCAGGUAAGAACAUGAAUUGUUCUGGCAACUUCAUAAUGAUUUUGGCAAUCACCACCUUUGUCUACCCACUCAGGUUAUUGCAUAAGUGGCCAGGUUUCUACUUAGCAAUGGAAUAGUUUGCUCAGAAAAGUGUAGGCUACAUUUCCGCAGGGUUUUUGGAGGUCCCAUGGGCAAGGCACCAUCCACAGGCCCACCUGUUUCAGGGAACCCAUCUCCUUACUGCACCAAGCCCAGGGGAUCCUUGUCCGUGGGGCUGCUGCUGAGGUGCAGGUGCCUGGUUGCUCCAUCUAUUGAUGCCAGCCCCACUACCAAGCUGUCAGGGACCGGCUGGAUGCUGAGGAGUGGGGGGAGGCACCAGCUGGCGAAUGCCCUAGGGAAGCCUCAGAGGACAAAGGUACAAGCUCUGGGGAUGGUGGUGGGACACUGAGGACAGUCAGAAGACAAAGGAGGGGAGGGAUGGUGGGCUGCUGAAGAGGGAAGAGUCAAGGGCAGACAGUGGUUCAGACUCUGCACAGGAAGCUUCCCAGGAGCUUGCCUGUCUUGCUGUAUUAGGCUCCCCCCACCCCCUGUUACCUCCAAGAACACGAAGAGCUAUGCAUUAGGGCUGGGCAAUAUCUGCUUUCCAACACAGUAAUAUACAGCCAGCUAAACUUUGUGAUAUGGUGGUAUAUUACAAUGUCGGAAAGGAGGCGGAGAGGAAGAAGGCAGUUGCCAGCCAUGGAAAUGAUUAGCAUCACAGUGCGCAGCUUCUGCCUAUUCCUGAAAAAGCCAAGUGGGCAAAGUUCCCUCCCACCAUAGCGUACGUCUGUGUUGGUGGCCUCUGGAGGAAGAGUGGUUUUAGGGGGAAGCGGGAAGCAGGAACCAUCAGUCCUGGCAACUGUGCUAUGGAGGCUGGUUUUGCCUUGAGGGUUCCCUGCAUUCUUUACUGUUUCCUUGAAUAAAGAAUUAAACUUCCUGCUCAUUUCUGCAUUUGAAUGCUGGCCUGCAUCUGAGCCAGCCCUGACAGCAGCCCACAGAAAAUGGACUUUAUAAAAUUCUGUACGUAGCACAGAUCCUUGUACAGUGGUUCCUCCGAUUACGAACUUAAUUCAUUCCGGAGGUCCGUUCUUAAGCUGAAACCAUUCUUAACAUGAGGCGCACUUUCGCUAAUGGGGCCUCCCACUGCUGCCACACCGCUGGGGCAUGACUUCCGCUCACAUCCCAGGGCAAAGUUUGCAACUAGGGGCAUCUACUUCUGGGUUAGUGGAGCUCAUUACCUGAAGGAGGAUGGUACGUAACCCGAGGUUCCACUGUACAUUGUUAACAUUUUACAAAACCUUCAAUGAUUGCUUCAAUAUCUUUGCCACUCCUCAUCACUGGCCACCUCCCCAGAACUAAUCCUUCCAUUUCCCCCCAACAGUUUUGGGAUCGCUGCAAGCUCUUCCUGAUGCCAGCCAAACACCAGCCUGACUACGUCUACCUCAGGCAUGUCCCUCUGCGGCGAAUCCACCUGUUCACCGUGGUUCAGAUUGUCUGUCUGGCUGUCCUCUGGAUCCUGAAAUCCACUGUGGCAGCCAUAAUCUUCCCUGUGAUGGUAGGCAGCUAUGGUCACUGUUGUCUCCUGUUCUAGGGCCCAAUGGGAGAAGGUUCUGAGAAGUGCACAUCCACCCACAAAGCCAAUGAUCUGUUGCCCUAAAUGUGUCUUAUUCAGAGUUCUUUUGUUACUAAAGAAAGCAACUUUCCCAGGAUUUUGACUCACUUGUAGCGUAAAAAUAUUAUGGACAAUAUGGUUUGAUAUAAAAAUUGGAGUACGGCUGAAUAUGCAGUUGUAGAUGUCUAAAAUGAGACCCCAUGGAGGGGAUGGGGGAAAGUCUUGAGAUUCGGAGAAUCUCUUUAUAUAGAUUUGUUUUAUUACAGUUUGUGUUCAUUUAUAAAACCAAUAAAAAUUAUUGCCCUUCAGAUGUUUUGGACUACAACUCCCAGCAGCCCCAGCCAUCACUGGUGGGAGUUGUAGACCAAAGCAGGGCUCCAGGUUGUUGGAUGAAAUUAAGCAGUGAAUGCCAGCUUCUGUCCAGAGAGAGAACUAUAUCUCUGUUUCUGUGGGAUGGGAAGCAGUUAAUCUGUAGACCAUCUCUUUGUCUGAGUCAGGGUGCAAAAGAAAAACAGUUCCACCUAAGAGUUGGAAAGUGCCAGGCCCAAAACCAGCCUUUCUGUGCCUUCCGCAUGUGAAAUUUUGGGCAAGGAGUAAGAAACAUGAAUGAACUCCCACUCCAAAUUGCAUCCCCUCCUAAGAAUUUGGCCUGCCAGUAUCAUGGCCAGGAGUUCUCCUCUUGCUGCUGCUUCUACACCAACCCAGGUCUGCCACAGAAUCAGCCCCCGCAAGGAAUCAACCUGUAACCCACUGAAAUUUGAUCUCAUUCAUUGCACUUUGGGUACUUGAAUUCUAAACAACUCAUAGUCUUCAUGCUAGAUUAUUUGAGCCUUGUCUUGGUGGGUUUUUCUUUUCCUUUCUCUCUCUUUCUCUUUCUCCCUCUCCUUUUUAGAUUUUAGCCUUGAUUUUAGUCCGGAAGAUGCUAGACAUUGUCUUUUCCCAACAUGACCUCGCAUGGAUUGAUAACAUCAUCCCUGAAAAGGAUAAGAAGAAGGAGGAUGACAAGAAGAAGAAAAAGAAGAAAGGCAACAAAGGGGAGGAUGAUAGCAGUGACGAGGUGUGUCCGUGACGCUUGGGGGCAGUGUGGUGGGACAUGUGUUUCUUUCUUGCCAGCCAGACCCAUUAAAUCAUGGGUAGGCAAACUAAGGCCUGAGGGUUGGAUCUGGCCCAACUGCCUUCUAAAUCCGGCCCGCAGACGGUCCAGGAAUCAGCAUGUUUUCACAUGAGUAGAAUGUGUGCUUUUAUUUAAAAUGCUUCUCUGGGUUAUUUGUGGGGCAUAGGAAUUCAUUCAUAUUUUUCUUCAAAAUGUAGUCCCCCACAAGGUCUGAGGGACAGUGGACUGGCCCACGGCUGAAAAAGGUUGCUGACCCCUGCAUUAAAUGGUCUGCAUUGGCACUCAUUAGAGUCAACGCAAGGAGCAGUUCUUCUCUGAAAAGAAGCAUUACGGAGCACCUACCUCUUUGGACCAUUUGAGAUCCAUUGCCACAUAUAUAGUGUUUCCGCAUAAGAAAGUGCUUCUUCACUCAGUGCAGAGCUAAAUCAUGGAACUUGCUCCUACAGGAGGCAGGGAUGGCCACCGACUUGGAUGGCUUUAAAAGAAGAUUAGACAAAUUCCUGGAGGAGGAAAGGGCUAUCAAUGGUUACUAGCCAGGAUGGCUCUGCUCUGCCUCCACAACUGGCGGCAGUUGCAGGAAACCACAUUAAGGGAGAGUUGCUCUUGUGCUCAGGUCCUGUUUCCGGGUUUCCCACAAGUAUGUGGCUGGCUGCUGUGAGAACAGGAUGCUGGACCAGAUGGGCCCAGUUUGGCCUGAUCCAGCCGGCUCUCCUUAUGCUCUUAAGCACCAGAAACCAAAGCAAUGGAAGGUCAAAGACCUGAUGUAGAUCUAGUAUGUUUCAAUGUAUGCGAGUUAACUUUUUUUUAAAGAAAGAAUAAUUCACCAGCCCAUUGCAUUCAUGAAAAUGCCUUUCUCUCAAAAAUAAUGGUUUGUUUAUUUAAAUAUAUAAACAAUUCAACAAUAUAAACAAUUCAACAACAUAAUACACAUUAUGACAAUUCAGUGCCCCAGCAAUGAAUUUCUUAUCAAGUUUGCUCUUAUUUUUAAAUUGAGGGUUUCUUUUUUAAUAUUUUAUUAAGGAUUUUCUUGUUUUACAGAAGUGUAGUGCUUCGUUUGUUUUUUUUCAUGUAACAUUUUUACAAAUCCGUUUCAUUUGUUGAGGCAUUAGGGGGAGAAGAAAAAAAAAAAGAAAAAAGAAAGGGGGGUGGAGAGAGGGAAGAUGGAUGGGGGUGGGGUCGGGUGGCGGUGUUUCUAUUAUGUUUAAUGUAUGUAGAGUUUGGUGUCAGCGUUGCUUGUGUUGUUCACUUGUGUUCCUUUGGUGGUGAAAUUGAGGGGUUUUUUACUUUGUUUUUGAGUGACCAAAAUUUUCAAACUGAAACAACAUUACUACAGUCCCUGUGAAAGAGUUUUAAUUUAUUAUGAGAAGUGCUUUGGAAAAGUCAUGGUAACUUGGCUGAUUUUCUGCCCAGCUUCUAAUAUGAAUCUGAGGAUGCGAUGUAUUCCAAAUACUCAGAUUGUAUGUGUUUUCCUUUGGGUUGAGUGUUGCGUCUGCCCUGCCAUGAUAAACCUGAACCCAUCGGCACCACUGGAGUUGUUCACUGUCUCUCUUUCCCCUUUUCUCCCAGCCCAAGCUCCCCACUCCCUCUGUCAUAACCAUCCCACUGGACCCUGUCCCAUCUGAACCCCAAAACAGUAUGCAUUGCAUUUCCAGUAAGUAACAUGCUCACGCGCUGUCAGAUGUUUAAUUAACAGCUAACUCAGCAACUUUAAAACCUUUGGACAUGCUUGACCAGAAACACAAGAGCCACUGAACUGAACUGGAACUGGCCAAGAAGAGGAGUGGGCAUGUCUUCUUGCAUAUUUCCCCUUCAUUUCAGUGGGGCUUUAUCUUUUGUUGGUUACUAAUCACACUAACCCAUGGAGAGAAUGAGACAUAACUUGACUUCACGUUGCAGCAUGAAGUGAUGUGUACAGGUUUGCAGGGUGGGGGGAUAAGGAGACAGACAGAGCAUUUGGGUGCUUUUAGGAUAUUCUCUGCCUCCAGUUCUUCAGAUAAAUUCCACUGUCAAACAGCUCUUGCCAUCACAAAGUCUUUCCUAAUGUUUAGUCAGAAUCUCCUUUCUUGUCACUCAAAUCCUUUGGUUUGAGGUUUGCACUCUGGAGCAGCAGAAAACAAGUUUGUUCCAUCUUCCUUUUGUUAUUUGAAGAUGGCUGUCCUUUCAUCUCUCAGUCUCCUCUUCUCCAGGCUAAACAUACCCAGCUCACAUGAUGGUGCAGCAGGGUUCUGCAGAGGCACCACUUUAAGGCCUCUGGCACACCCAGUGAUGCUCCAGGUUGCCAUUUAGAGCUUGCAGUUUGGAGAUAUCAUGAGCAUUUAGCUGGCUCACAGUGAUCCUAGGGAUGUUCAGGAUUUCAAGAACAACCUUAGAUCUCUUCUGCUGCUGACACUUGCCGCAAAACUAUCCUGGGCUGCCUCCAGGCAGAGGAUAUUGCAAAUGAGGUCAUUUGAAUAUCACAAAUGGGUACUUAGGAACAGUUUAAAAUUAGAAGGGUAAAAACCUAUCAGAUUUUCCAUGAAAAGAGUAAAUUCAUAUGAAAUACAGGCUGUGACAUUAUGAUGCCAGCAAUGUAAUGUGGAACCUGUAGGCUGCUUGUAUGGAUGAGCAGCACCAAUCGCACACUAAACUCCUGUGUGGGCUGUAAUGCAAAUGAGUUUUGUGGCCUUAUCUCACGAGGACUUCAUAGGUGCAUUUUGCAGCAUAUCCUGGGUAAUACUGAUGGCCGAGCCCUUUGUUUCUAGUUGCAGGAAAUGAAGUUCUGCACUAAAACACUUCUCAGAAGACCAUUGUCCAGUUCCUCAGCAGUAAAUCCAUCACCUGGGCAGAGUUGUAUUUCUCCUGGGGAGGCAAAGAGGUGUUUGAAACCCAGUGGGAGGGAAAGCAUGGGGGUGGGAAAUGCAUUGGGUGGUGGAGAAAGGGUUAAUCACCCCUCUGCACUCCGCGCGGAACAGCUUUUCCUGCUCUCAUCCUGCUCUUGGGUGGAAUGCAUAGUGUUAGGCCCUUAUGCACUUGAAAGGAUUUGGGGAAGGAUCCUGAGCUGUGGCCAGUAAUCACCCACCAGCCGCCCUGUGAACCUUUCUGGAAAGGGCAAGUUGAUAAACCCAAUGCAAAAACCGACGUGCUGCCUCUCUGAGAUGAGCUGAAGAGCAUUCAGAAGAGCCAAGGUGAACAGUGUUCUGGGUUAUUCAGGACUCGUAAAUGCCUGUCUUCCGUACUAUGCCUAUGUCUGAUAUACACACUUCACUUUUUUCCUGCAAGAAGGCUCCAGUUCAGUGGAGUCAUCAGAGGCCGCCCUACCAUGAGCAAGGUGAGAGGCAGCAGAUUUUGGAUGCUGUUACCAGUGGCAGCAGAGUGGGAGUCAAACCAGUGUGGUGCUUUGAGGGCAAAGUCUGCCCAACAGUUCACCAGCUGCCAGGAGUCCUGUUGAGAGGGGUGGGAGCUGGGGCAGAGCAGCAGGGGUGACACUCACUUCAGUUGGGCUUGCACCGAUUGCUUGCUUGUGCCCCAUGUUAAUUUCUGGAAGUGGGGGUGCCAACAGGGGACCAGAGGUCAUGAGCUCCCAGAAAUCUCAUGGUGUGCCAUGUUCUCACUGAGCCCACACUCCCCGCCCUAAAGCACUCCCAGGUCCAGAGGGGUGGGGUGGGGCUUUUGCAUUGGGGGGGGGCUUCAAGCCAUUGCUUUUAAAAGACUAUUGGAAGAACAUAGUUCUACUAAAAUUGGUUGAGGGCAGGGAAGGGCAGGGCAUGCAAAUUUCAUUAAAUCCAAAAUCCUUUUUCACUAAACAGUUCCUUCCAAGAAAGUGGUCAGUGAUGGAUGGAGGCACCUUGGGAAUGGGUGAUGAGAACUUGGUUGGAAACAAGCUGGGCCUUUCCUUCUGCAGCUCUUCCUCUCUCUUAUUCAUUUCAUGCUUUCCUCCUCCCCUGCCUUGAAACAGUUUCAUAGCCAUCUCUGUUUCUCUGCAGGAAAGAGGUCUUCCAGCUGCAGCUUUGCGUUCUGAUGCAUCUCCUAACGGGUCAGACCUGGAUCGCAGGUAAACAACACACCUGGUCAGCUGACAGCCUUCCUACUUUAACGUAAAGAAAUGCAAAUAGAGAAUCCUCCAGAUCUGGGGGGCAGAAAGCAGAAGAAGAUGGGGUUAUAAGGGGCAGUGCUAUUUUUCUAGAAAAAGAGGUGCUGUAACUCAGUAUGAACACCACCCUUGUUCUCUUAUAAUGGCAGUGGCUGAGUUCUGGUGGGGGGGAAGUCCUGAUAAAGGCGAAUUAAGAAUAGGAAGAUUAUUAACAAUUAUAAAGGGGUUAGCAAUUAAAUGCCUCAUUGCUAUAUCCCUUUUCAAUUUGCAAAGGGUUCUUCCAUCUCUUACUUCUACGCCCUACAAUGUUAAGCAGUCAUGACACUGAUUUACACAAUGAAAUGUUUAUUUGGCACUUUGAAACAGCACACAAAUUGGAGAGCAACUCAUCCAGGUGAACAUGUCCAAGUGGAGAUUUCCUGAGGGCCCCCAACCCUCUAUCUUCUAGUCUUGCAGCACAGAUUGGCAUAAUAAAAAUAUGGAAUGUGAGCAUUUCAUGUAACAACUAAUGUUUUCAAGUCAAGUUCAGUGACAUGACAUAAAAACUGGUCCAUUUAGCUCUGAGUCAAAUCAAGGGCACAAAUAGUGUUACUGCACCAACUGACAGCUGGGAAGACAUCUUGGGAGGGAGGGAGGGAGGGCUAUUGCAGUGCAGGUUAGAGUGUUGGACUAGGACCUGGAGACCAGGGUUCAAAUUGCCACUUGGCCAUUAAGCUCACUGCUUGUGACCUUGGGCCAGUCACUGCCUCUCGGCCUAACCUCCCUCAGAGUUGUUGUGGGGAUUAAAUGAAAAGGGGGGAGAACCAUGUAUACCACCUUGAGCUCCUUGAAGGAAAAGGUGGGCUGUAAAUAAGUAAAUAAAUUAAAUAAUUGGCAAGGCAGGUGAGGUCAAGCCAAUGGAGGUAUGAGGAAUGUUAAGUGAAGGAGAAGGAAUGAGGAAAAGGACAAUGACAGUGAGGCAACUGGAAGGAAGCCCGCUGUCCUCAGAGUCAGGAGAGAGCCUGUGCAACAAGUCAGAGAGAGAUGCAGAGACUGGCCAAGGCACAGGAUGGCCGGAGGAAGUGGAGCAAAGCAAGCAAUGGACUGAAGAGCAGCAUCCAGUGAAACAAAGGGCAGCUUUGGCCAAGCCAAAAAGCAGGGCUGGACCCAACUCUGCCGCCACCACCACCAUCACCAUGGUCAGCCUAGGAGGAAAGUGGCAAGAUGAGAAAGGAUUGGAACUGUGGGCCAGGGAGCCAAGAGGGCACCAGGUUGCAGCUGCUUCGUGAGCCUUCAGGGUCCACAAGAGAGGGGUGGAAAGGGAGUUUGUUCAGAUGUGCCGCAUGAUGAGCUGACAGGCAGAGGGACAGCAAGGCCUGAGUAGAAUAGAAUAGAAUUCCUUGGCUGCAAUGGUCUGACCAACUAACCCCCUUUUCUGCUUUUCUUCCAGUAUUACACUUCACCUGAAGAUUUCCUGCCCGUCUUCUCCUGCAUUUAAUUACUCUCGAAAUCCCAUCUGUGCUGUGCCCCAGGUGAAGAUAGAGAUGGAGUCAGAUUAUGAAGACACUGACACAGAGAAGCACCCCCGGGACAUGGGCAGCGAGACCACUCUAUAGUCCCAGGAAUGGGGGGUCCUUUGUAUGUAGAUAUAUAUAUAUAUACACAUUUAGCAUCAGAAAAUUAGAGAGUUUGUGACAUUCCAUCCUGCUUGGUCACGUGCCAUGAUGACCCUAGAUCUCCAACUUAAGAUCCAUCCAAGCAACAUGGAAAUAGGACUUUAAAAGUCUGUGGGAACAAAGGAACUUAUUAGAACUUGAGCUCCUUGGCUGGAGGAACAGUAUCAUUUUUGGACUUGGAUGUCUUCAGUCAGCUCUUCCCUGUGGUCUGCAGCAGUUCCUUCCAAUUGGACCUGCUGGUCUUUUCCUCUGAAGGCUCAUGGAUUUCAGUAGGACAUCUCUCAGUGGAGCCAGUAGCUUUUUUAUUCACUUGGUAGCUAAGCGUAUAAAACCUUCCACUCCUGUAGAAAAAGCCUCUCUCUCACUAUCAACCAUAGUAUUGCAGAGGCAGGAGGAGCCGGAUUACUGCCAUCUUCAAAUGACGUAUCAUUUAUCUGAAUGCUGCACAUGCUUGUUGACGAAGGCAGAGGAGCAACAGAAUCCAGUUGCAGCAAAGCAGAUUUGGACUUCUGAUGACUCUCAACAAUUUGCCCAAGGAGACACCUCCUGUGGAAUUCCUUCAUGAGAAAUGCUGGUUGUUUGUGCAUUUACCAUGAAGGCCCCAAGCUGGUUCCAAGAGAAUGGUCACCUUCACCAUCUGAACAUGAGGAAAUGUGGGUAAGCCCUUAGUGAAUGAGUGUUUUCUGUUAAGAGCUGGGGGUUCCCAGCAUGGCAUCCCUGGCCAACCAUAGUGCCAUGAGAUACCUCCCUCAGUGUGUGCCAAUACCACUGCCCCAAGAAAUUGGAGGGUGGGCUUUAACAGCCUAACAUCCCUUUUAAGGGACUUAAGUCCCCCAAGUUUGUUAUCAUAGAGUUGGAAUGGACCAACCCCCUGCAGUGUAGGAAUAUGCAGCUGCUCCAUACAGGGACUGAACCUGCAAUCUUUGCAUUAUCUACACUAUUGCUCUAACCAACUGAGCUAUUAUUGGUCAAGAGAAGAAUGAGCUGAGGCUGGAUCCAGUGAAAGCAAGGCAGAUCUUUAUUAUUCUGUUGCAACAGAAGUCCCCCCCCCCACUCUGCUCAGUAGGAGGUGAGGACCCAGAUAAAAGGAGCACAAGAACUUUUAAAGGCUUUAGAAAUUGUCCCUUAGCCAAGGACCACCCAAACAGCAUCACACACGUGUCACAGAAAAAGGUGAUCUACAACAGAAAUGUGAGUGUGUGGCUUGUCACCUGGCUGUCAAGCUAUCUGAUAGUUUGCUGAUUGCUGUUGGCCUUAACUGGCUUAAAGAUCAUUCCUUCUACUUGUCAGAAAAAAACAUCUUGGAACCAAAAAAAAUUCAGUUACCAUUUCUUCCCUAUUGUGCAGUUUCAAAGACUUGAUAUUUUCUUUGGAAAGGAUACUUUACUUCUAAAGCAGGACUCUUAUGUACAGAAUAUUCUGGCCUGCUAAAUAUUGCACCUGGUUUGAACCUGUGUGAACUUAAUGGUGAUUUCCUUGUAACUUUGUAAAUACUGAAGUCAAAACAAAAGAAAAACUUGAAUUUAGCAUCCUAUUUAUCAUAUUAUGUCAAUCAAGUACCCAUUAACUGUUGGACAAAAUUCAACAAAACAGUGUUUUAUGCCUGGGCAACAACUUCUAAAUAGAAUUAACUUAGCCUCCCUGAAACUUGUGCCCCAUCAGUCCGUUGUAGCGUGGCCAGGCUAGUGGAGGUUCGUAGGAUUUGGAUUCCUAAACCACUGGAAGGUGCCAAGCCAGUGAAGGCUGCAAGAACAACUUGAACUUGAACAUAGCCUUGUAUAUUUUCCUUACUUAUUUUGUACCACUACUGUGUACUGCUUAGUAGAGGCUGCUUUAACAAUACUGUUAUAAAGUUUUAGCAGGAUUUGUAAAUCAAAAGGCUGUUUGUGGAAGCCAAGUGUUUCAUGCACCUGUGCUUGUGAAAUCUAUUACUCCCACCAUCAGCUACUUAGCACCGCGGUGCUCAGUGCCACUACAAACACACACAAUUUCAAAAGCAAAAGAUUUUCAGCCCCAGAGCUAUUACAUUGCUACUAUAGUAACAUUUAUAGUCUAAUAAAUUUUUGAACCUCUUCC